GGUAGUGUUUGUCUGGUAGUGUAAAGUCGUUCUAAACGAAACGUCAAAAACAAUGUAGGCAACAUAGAGACAGUAAAGUUCAAAAUUUCAGCCGUUUGAUUUGACAUUUGACUAAAGAAAACGAACAUCGAAGCGAAAAGCCAAACUCAAAUUUGUUCAUUUUACUCGCAAUGUUACUUUGUAAUAAAAAUGGAAUACCGUAGUACAAUUGAUCAGAGAUAUUCUAGUGAUGUGAGUAACCGUGAGCGCGAUAUACCGUCGUUUAUUGAGCCUCAGCCUCCUUUAAUUUUGAAUCCUUUUAUGCGUCCUCGUCCUCAGAAAGGUACGAAUUUGUUGGAGUUGUUUGAAGAGGAUGAUUCGGUAGAGGAGGAGGGUCCGGAAUUGGUGCAAGUGUACUUGAGACUGAAGCCGUCCAAUGUGCCUAGCAGAUUGUACGAGGUCCGGUCAGAUCAGUGCCUCGUCACCUCGGUGGAUACGGCGACCGCGGGUCAUGGCCGCCGCACGCAGCACAAUGUGUGCAAAAUGUACAGUUUCUCUCAUAUAUUUGGACCGGAUGCCAAUCAAAAAGAAAUUUUCGAGCAUGUAGUAAAAGGCAAUCUCCGCAAGCUUGUAGACGGGCACAGUUUCACCCUGCUCACAUAUGGAGCAUCAGGUUCCGGGAAGACGUACACACUCAUGGGUACCGUGAAAGCCCCAGGGCUGGUCCCACGGUCGCUAGAGUAUGUGUUCAAUGUGGUGGAGGCUGCACAGAUACCGCUGUAUCGGCCAGGGGAGAGCCAAGCUAACAAGCUUAGUUUAGCAGAGCAGGAGUAUGAACUACAGUGGGUUCGUAAACUAAGGCAUCUGUCAGCUCCACUACGCGAGAAAUACCGGCGCAUGAGUACGAGACUUGUCAAUGAUAUGAGUAGAAGCACUGUUGACCUCAGCAAAAGAACUAAGCAUUAUGUUUGGGUAUCAUUUGUGGAGAUCUACAACGAGGCCAUAUACGACUUGCUGGUGUCGACCGAUCGUACUGCGUCGUCUAAACUGCGUAUCCGGGAAGAUUCGUCUGGAAAUGUUUAUGUAAAGGGAGCAACCCAAGCCUUCGUCCGCACAGGCGAAGAAGCCUACGACGUGAUGGUCGCUGGGAAACACAACCUACAAGUACAUGCUACAGGCGUCCACGCACAGAGUUCUCGUAGCCACUGCAUAUUCACCAUAACCAUGCUCACUGAGACGGAAUCCGGCGUCCGAGCAUCCCACGUGCGCCUGUGCGACCUGGCCGGCAGCGAGCGAGCGCGACGCACUAACAACACCGGCGCUCGCAUGCAAGAGUCCCGUGCCAUCAACUCUUCCUUACACGUGUUGGAAAGAUGUUUACACACGCUGCGAAGAAAACAGACGAGCAAGCAGGACUUGGUUCCUUACAGGGAAUCGAAGCUGACCCGGCUGCUGGGCGCGGGGCUGUCGGGCGCGCGCGGCGAGGCGGUGAGCAUGGUGGUGACGCUGCACCCGGCGCCGGAGUACGCGCACGAGACGCGCCACGUGCUGCAGCUGGCCGCCGUCGCCAGGGACAUACAGGUGAACAACACGAUAGCGGAAUCAAUAUCUACAUUAGAGAACAGUAGUUCUACGAUACAAGACACCACGAUAUCGAGCAGCGCGGAGGUCACCAGACUCAGAGCUGAAAACGAGAGGCUACAUUAUGAACUAGUGCAAGCUGAGUCACUUAACCGAAAGUUAAUGCAAGAUAUGGCCGAGCAACAACAAGAGAACGCAGUCACAGUUAAAGAACUAGUAGAUGAAGCCCGUGAUAUCACUCAGCAGUACUACAAGUCGCAGCUCCGGAGUCUCGAGGAGCGGCAUGAGGCUGAGAUGGCUGAGCUUCGAGAGGAAUACGAAGCCAGGCUGCCCAAGAAUGUCGUCGCAGAAGAAGGGACCCCGUCGCGAGCUUUACAAAAUAAGGUCAUGCAACUUAUGAAGCAAAUAGCAUUAUUGGAGGAAGAAUUAAACGCAGAGCGCCUAGCGCGGGCGCGGAUGAAGGAAGAGCUGCUGCAUCUGAGGGCCUGCAUCGAAGAGAGAGACGAGAAAGCUUCAGAUAGCCAAGACGACGCGAUACAGCUGACAGACAGUGAAGACGACAGCGACCAAGAGGACGAUCUUUGCAACGAUAGCCUCGAACCUACUUUCAAGAAAGAAGAUAUCAACCGCUCAAGACUCAUGCGUCGAAGCUCACUCUUUAACACCAGAAACACUACCUUCGAUAACUUAGACAGACACGACCGGCUCAAAGACGAAAGUAUGGCAGACGCUACGUACGAGAUUAGUAAGAAGGAUACUACCAUAACUGAAGCUGAUGAAACAUAUGACGCGUCUAAUGAUACAUAUAAUCAAUCCAUGGAUUGCCCGGCUACAGUCAAAAAGGCUGAAGAGACAAAAGAUAAUUCAAAAGUUGAAAAACCCAGUGCUAGAGAUACUUAUUUUGUUAGUUAUUCUAGUGUAAGUUUAAAUGAGAAACAAGAUUCAGUUCAAGACUCGGGACACAUAGCAGAUAUAAGUGUUUCUUUGCGAGAUGACGAUGAUCUGAAAGAUUUUAGUAUCAUUGGUAAUGUAGUAAAACCAAGUAAAACUAUUGAAACGCAGAUCGAUAAAAUUAAAAAGUUUGCAAUAAGCACAGUUUCUACUGACAGCUCCCUUACGCAAUUUGAACUAUUAGAAAUGGAAAUUAACAAUAAAACUGCAUUCAAAUAUUAUGAUGACGGGACUGCCAAGAAAUCUAUAAGCAUGAGUCCAGGAAAAAAGGUUAGGAAGCCUUAUUUUGACGACGAACAACCGAUCCCAAAUCAAAUAUCCAAUCCAGAUUUAAUAAAAAAACAGGAUGUUUUAAGGUCUCCAUCCAUAGUCCAGGAUGAAAUUCCAGAUAACUAUAAACCGACUACUAUCAACAAAAUUAUGCGCGAGAGUAUCACAGUGACCACUGAAGUGCCUCCUUUAUAUAAAAAUAAGAUAUUAAAGAAAAUGCAUGAUUCUAUAGAUCCAUUUGAAGAUGCCGAUUCGCCGCGCUUAAUUAAAGACGUACUGAAGAGCGCGGAGGAGGCACGAAAAUGUAUUGAAACAGUUUCCCUGGAUAAUAAAGAAAAAUAUUCAAAUGUAGAAGCUGUUCAAAAUGUAGCAGAAAUUAUGGAACAUUUACAUGAAAAUAAAAUAUCCAAGAAGGUCAGCGUGCAUGAGGCACGAAAGUCAGUUAAAAAAGUUUGCAUGGAAAACAAAGAAAACGUUUCACAAGCAAUUAAGGAAGAUGUUCGAAAUGAAAUUGAAUCAGAAAUGAUUACAGAAACUGUUGAAAAAGAACUUGGCAAUGAAAGUAUAAUUCAUGAUCCUCCGGCUAAUAAAGAAGAUAAGAACACAAAGGAAGAGAAUUUAGAUGCCCACUUGACUGCAGAUGAAAUUAAAUCUACUGAAAAUACUGCCGCCAUGGAUGUAAAGGAUGAUAUUUUAACCAAAGUUAAACAAAAAGAAUAUAUCGUAGAAAAUGAUGAAAGCGUCAAUAAUGAUACCACAAAGGAAAUAAAAUCUGAAGAACAACCACAUGAGAUCACUUCACUAAAUGAUAAUACCAUUUCAAGUCAAACAGUAGCAGCGGAUAACAACACAAUUGACGCUUUCGAGAAUAUUUACAAAGAUAUAACAAUGCCAAGAGCAACUGAAUUUGAUAUUCUAAUUUCCGAAAAAUCUUUAGAUACUACGAAUAAAAUCGAAGAAAUCUUUGAAAAUAAUGAUAAUAACAACGCAAAAGUUAAAGAUGUUGUUAAUAACGACAAUGACCCUGAAAUUAACCAAGAAAAUAAGGAAACAACUAAAGAUGUUAACGACAAUAAUAAUCAUGGAAUUAAACAAGAAAAACCCGAAGAGCCUGAAACUAAGAUUAAAUACAACCUCCGCCACAAAAUUCAAGAUACAAGUAAAACAGACAAUGAAAUAAUUGAACACGUAGAAAAAUGCGCUCCAAGGACUGCUAAGAAAUCUCUACGAUUGAGAAGAAAGAAUAAAAUCGAUGAACCUGUUGAAGAUGAAGUUAAGUUAAAGGAUAUAGUGAAUUUACAGAAGGAGUUUUCGGAUGUAACUAUGGGGGUGCCCGUGGCGGUGAAGGUGGUGACAGAUAUUCCUUCGCCGGAGCAAAGUGAGAGCGAGAAUCAGCCGCCGUUGAUGGGAGUUCAGAGCUGUCCGUCUAAAAGCGUGACCCGCAGCCGCCGCAAGCUGUUCACUCCUCGAGCCGAGCCGCUGUCCGAGUCCCCGCCGCCCGGCGACAGCGCCGAGCGCGUGCGCGUCCCCCGCCCCAGCUACCACCGGCCCCGCCCCCGGCGCCGGCUCAACUGACCGCUGCCACCAUACGAGAGCCGAGCCCCGCCGCCCGGCGACAGCGCCGAGCUCGUGCGCGUCCCCCGCCCCAGCUACCACCGGCCCCGCCCCCGGCGCCGGCUCAACUGACCGCUGCCACCAUA